GUCUCUGGAACUAGAAAAGGACCCGGAGUGGGGGUCGAGUAUUAAUUAGCGCAAAUUAGUAUUAUUUCAUUGCUAAUAACAAUUCCCGGUAAAAAAAAAAAAUUCUUGGGCUGCUUCCAGAACCAGUUUCACUGCGGAGCUCUGGAAGACGGAACUUUGAAAUCUUGGCUGAGGAAGAAGACGAAAGCUUCGAACUCGAUACAUGCAAUAUUUCGGGCCUAGCUAGGGUUUUGCAAUGCGGUUGACUCUUGAGUAACUCGGGUUUAAUUUUCUGCGAUGAAGCUAUCCUUGGAUACCUGAUACACCCAAUAUGAGGACGACAGAGGAGGUUGUGGAUGUGGGUCAGUUGGAGAAAAGUCUGUUGGAGGCUGGCGCGCAAGAAGAGAGUGAGGCUAAAGACGAUGAAACAAUUUUGUAUACUGCAUCUUUUGGAGAGAUGGAAGAGAACUUUGUGAAGCAUCAAACAGCACAAUGGGUUCUUUAUUCACUUUUGUUGAUCUUAGCAUGGGGCAUUGGGCUGCUCAUGCUGCUGUAUCUACCGGUCCGGAGGUAUAUACUUAGGAAGGAUAUUCGCUCGAGAAAGCUCUUUCUCACUCCAAAUGCUAUUGUAUACAAGGUCACCAGGCCGGUGCCAUUUCCAUGUUUUGGGGUGCUAAAGAAAGAGAAGCAUGUUCUCUUGCGUUCUGUGGCAGAUGUUGUGGUUGAACAAGGAUAUUUGCAGUCCCUUUUUGGUGUCUAUUCUCUUAGAAUCGAAAACGUUGGUGUAAGAAGACCAGCCAGUGAUGAUGUUAAAAUUCAUGGUAUUGCAAAUCCAAAUGCUUUCAGGAAGGCUGUUAUGUUGCGUGUAUCAAGUAUGAGAAAUGAAAUUGCAUCGAGACAGGUUUCUACAAUAGAAGAUGUUCCUCAUCUGAUGAUGUCUCCGUCAAAGUCACUUAGACAUGAUUCCACUCCUUCAGGGGAUCUACUACUACUGCAAAAACUAGAGGAAGUUGGAAGCUCUGUCAAGGUUUUAAUGUUUGCUACAGAGAAUACAGACAUUAGUCGAGGAGCAACAAUCUCAAACAACAGAAUCCAUUGAUUGAGGAAUUGAGAUUAUUCGCUUUUCAUGACCUCUUCCAGAACUGUUCAGGAACAUCGUCGAUAUCAGUGAUACUUUCUUAGGAUCAUCCCCUUGAAGCUCCCCGUGAAGCACACGAGUUGGCAACCCUAUGUGAAGAUGGCUAUUCUUUGGUUUAGCUUUGAAGUUUUGAACUUUGUCUUUUCUCCCAAGGAGAAAAAUGUAUAUCUUGAUUCCCAAACACCCCGCCAAAAAAAAAGGAGAAAAAAACAGAGAAAAGCUUCUUGUAUUCAUUGAAUGCGCAUAUCCUGCUAUAUUGUUCAUUUUAUCUUA